GACUUAUUGAAUGGAAGGCCUUUCAGUCUCUGAGUCCGUACACUGAAACUGAGGUUAAGAAAAAAUGUCUAGACUAUCAGAACAGGGGAAUUCCCACACCUACAAAGAAAGCCACAGCACCAACGGGAGUAAAAGCCCAAACAACUCCAGCACCGGUUUCAGCUCAAUCCUCACUGCAACAGGACAAGCAAGGGUCCAACAGAGAAAUCAAUGAUACGCCACAAAUGCUGGUCAAAGACGGGGCCUACUGCCUAGAAAAACUUAUUUCUGUAGAAGUUGUUGAACUGUUCAAGAUGUACUUCAGGGCAAUGUUGAAUUUCUUCAACGUCUUUGCUUUCUUUGACCCAUAUUCAGAUAUGUACGGGACCCCACACCCCUGUGAUGAAGUUUCCGGCGUAUAUUCAGACUGGGUGAGGCAGGCCGAGAAGGUGGGCGUGGUUAUCAUAGGAGGGGGCGUGUCCGGACUGACGGCGGCCAAAACGCUGCUGGAAAACAACGUAAAAAACUUGCUCAUUCUGGAGGCCAAGGAGAGGCUGGGUGGGCGUGUCUUCACCGUCAGGGAAGGAGACAUCGUGGUAGAGGCGGGCGCGGAAUGGAUUCACGGAGACGAGAGGAACCCUUUAUAUAGGCUGGCGCAGGAGUUGAAUGCACUCGCCCCGCCCCCUCCCGAGGAAUGGGAUUUCCGGACGGUCUCACAAGAGGGCAAACAAAUGGCUCCAGAUCCUUACCCUGUAGUUCAGGGGCUGUUGUCUGAAGUUAGUGACAAUGCGUCCUCCUUGGCUCCUUAUCGGGGUCUUGGUCUCGGUGCGUUCUUUGCAGAUAGGUACAAGAGUCUUUUCGGAGAGGAAUCGACCGAGGAGUGGAAAGGUUGGCUACAUUUCUUAAACAAGAUAGUCAAUUCUGCCAUCGGGUGCAACGACUGGACGACUCCCGAAGUGACGACCACGGGCACCUUCACGAAAUACGGCGACAACAACCAGUGGGCGGCCGGAUACGAUACUCUGCUCGCCUACCUCAAGGCAAGGAUUAAGGGAACAGUUAGUAUCUCCGAUGAGCACAUACGUCUUUCGAGUCCCGUCUGCCGCAUCUUUUGGGACGAAAACCAGAAAGGAAAACUAGAAAAAGGGCAAGUUCUUAUCGUCAGCAAGAGUGGUUCCUCCUGGCUGGCGGAUCACGUUAUCGUCACCGCGUCUUUUGGUCACCUCCAAGAACGACACGGCCAGUUAUUCUCACCGCCGUUGCCGAGGGGCUACGUGAACGCCUUAGAGGGUAUGGAGCUGGGCGUGGCCAACAAGUUGCAGAUGGGGUGGAAGGAGCCUUGGUGGGGCUCGGAGCCGCUCAACCUCAACAUCGUUUGGACCAAGUUCGACCUGCCGGAGGAAAAGAGUUAA